AGAUAGCUGACCGUCCAACAUUUAUAUAUUUUUUUCUAAAAUUGCAAUUACGUUGCUAUGAAUUUCCGCUAUUUAAAUGGACAUAUACGCAUAAUUUCGACCAGCUGAUAACUGUCAUAAUCGCUCUGAAUUUCUGAAUAUUGUUGCGUUCCGAGACUCAUCGAAAUGGAGAUAUCCGCUGCAUUUCACGCUGUAUUUCCGCGAGUGCAUGUGAUUUUUAUAUAAUUGUACAUUCGUCAAAUAAAAAAUUUUGCAAAAAAUUUAAAAAAAAGAACAGAUAGCGAUUUGAUAAACACUGCUGAGUUUUGCAUAUUGAAAAGAUGUUAAAACAUAAUUUCUUAAAGACAUCAUGGUGUAAAUUGUGCACACAAUAUAUCCACAAAAAUGCUCCUCUCCCAGAAGCACCUAAAAGUAAAGAGGCAUCUAAAAGUGCAAUUACAAAGGUACGCAACAUUGGGAUACUGGCACAUAUUGACGCUGGAAAAACGACCACAACUGAAAGAAUGUUGUACUAUUCGGGUCUCAUCAAACAUAUGGGAGAAGUACAUCAUGGCAACACUGUGACCGAUUACAUGGAGCAGGAACGUCAGCGAGGGAUAACCAUCACUUCAGCUGCGGUCACAUUUAAUUGGAAAGACCAUCGCUUCAAUUUAAUAGACACCCCUGGUCAUAUCGAUUUUAUUAUGGAAGUCGAACAGACUUUGCAGAUAUUGGAUGGUGCAAUUGUAGUUCUAGAUGGUUCUGCUGGUGUGGAAGCUCAGACGAUAACGGUAUCCAGACAAGCAGAUAGGUAUAACAUACCUCGGAUAAUCUACGUUAAUAAGAUGGACAGAGUGGAUGCUGACUUCGACAUGAGUUUGCAGUCUAUCGAAUCAAAAUUGAACAUGGAAACGUUACCAAUACAGAUUCCCAUAAAGAAGGCGGGUGUCUUAGAAGGUAUCGUAGAUGUGAUAACUAUGGAAAAGUUAUCGUUCGAUAAGAAGCAUCAAGGUACUAAUUUAAUAAGGACAAAAAUAUCUGAGAGCGGCGACGAAGGAAGACUAUGGGAUGCUGCUAGUGAGCAGCGACGACUGUUGACUGACAAGCUAUCGGGUCUAGACGACAAACUGGCAGACAUUGUUAUAGAGCAAGAGUCUUUAGAUAACGUGCAGCCGCAAAUGUUGGUCGAUUCCUUACACAGAGUCACUAUAGGUAGGAAAGGUGUGCCUGUAACGUUAGGAAGUUCCUACAAGAACAUCGGAGUACAGCCUCUAAUGGAUAGCGUCAUUCUCUACCUGCCGUCGCCAUCGAAUGUAGAUCGAUUGAAUCCAUAUCGAUGCUUCGAGGACAGUUUGGCAGCCAGAGUCUUCAAGGUUGUUCAUGACAAGCAUAGGGGACCAGUUACCUUUUUUAGGAUUUAUUCUGGCAGUAUGAAGAGGAGUCAGAAAUUGUACAACGUAACACGCGAGCAAAAUGAGCAAUGUACUCGUCUAUAUAUCGCUUGUGCCGAUGAUUACGAGGAAGUGGAUGAGGUGACCUAUGGUAAUAUCGCAGCUGUAGCUGGAUUAAAGAGUACUAUCACAGGCGACUUGAUGACGACGAGUACGUCGGUAGCCAGUCGCGCCAAGCAGACUAUGCUGAAGGAGAAUCCGGACCGGCUGGACUACGUAAACAAUUUCUUUGCGUCCGGAGUAAACUUGCUCGAUCCCGUUUUCUUUUGCUCCAUCGAACCGCCCUCCCUCUCGGCGCAGUCUGCUCUAGAGGUUGCUCUUCAGGAGUUGCAAAGGGAGGAUCCCAGCUUGCAUGUGAAGAACGAUCCAGUGACCGAACAGAUUGUGCUCGGAGGAAUGGGUGAGCUACACAUAGAGAUCAUUAAGCAGAGAAUCCAGACGGAGUACAAGAUCGACGUAGAUUUGGGUCCCCUGCAAAUCGCUUAUAAGGAAACGAUUCAGGAUGCUGUUGAAGAUACGCUGUUUGUGGAGCACAAGGUUGGCAACACGAUGCACAAAGUUAUGAUCACCAUGUCCUUAAUACCCAAUUACAAGGAUAAGGAGAAGCUGCUUCUGGAUAGGUCUCCAGAAAAUGCUUCGAAUAUUGAUGGUAUUCAUCCGCGAAUGAUGAACGCAAUUAAAAACGGUAUGAAAGCUGCACUACUGCAUGGUGUGAAAUUAAGUUGUCCGGUGAUUAAUGUUGGUGUCAAGCUCCACUGGCUGGAGACAACACGCGGUACUUCGGAUACUAUUAUUUCUGCCGCUGCCUCGCAAUGCAUUCGGAAGUUACUCCAAGAUGGAAACAGCAUGUUACUAGAGCCGAUGAUGCAAUUGGAAAUCGUUGCACCAGAGGAAUGUUCAUCGAGUAUCAAUGCUGAUCUUACUCGUAGGCGAGCAGUAAUGCAACAGAUUGAUAUACGCGGCAAUAAUAAGGUGAUUAGAACCCUCGCGCCACUAUCAGAAUUAUUGGGAUAUUCAACAACACUAAGAAUCAUUACAUCGGGCAAUGCAACGUUCUCGAUGGAAUUCAGUCAUUAUCAGCUAAUGACCACUGUCGACGAGGAGAAAGCCAUCGAAAAAAUUAAAGGAUUCUAAACUGAAUAGUGUAAAAUAAUGAACAAAGAGAUAAUAUUAUCAAAAG